AUGGUGCACUGGUCCCCCUUCGUCAUGUCCUUCAAGAAGAAGUACCCCUGGAUCCAGCUGGCGGGGCACGCAGGGAGUUUCAAGGCGGCCGCCAACGGCCGGAUCCUGAAGAAGCACUGUGAGUCGGAGCAGCGCUGCCUGGACCGGCUGAUGGCCGACGUGCUGAAGCCCUACGUGCCGGCCUACCACGGGGACGUGGUCAAGGACGGGGAGCGCUACAACCAGAUGGACGACCUGCUGGCCGACUUCGACUCGCCCUGCGUGAUGGACUGCAAGAUGGGCAUCAGGACCUACCUGGAGGAGGAGCUGACGAAGGCGCGCAAGAAGCCCAGCCUGCGCAAGGACAUGUACCAGAAGAUGGUGGAGGUGGACCCCGCGGCGCCCACGGCCGAGGAGCACGCCCAGCGCGCCGUCACCAAGCCCCGCUACAUGCAGUGGCGGGAGACCAUCAGCUCCACCGCCACCCUGGGCUUCCGCAUCGAGGGCAUCAAGAAAGAAGACGGCUCGGUGAACCGGGACUUCAAGAAGACGAAGACGCGGGAGCAGGUCACCGAGGCCUUCCGGGAGUUCACCAAGGGCAACCCCAACAUCCUGAUCGCCUACCGGGACCGGCUGAAGGACAUCCGGGCCACCCUGGAGGUGUCCCCCUUCUUCCGGGGCCACGAGGUCAUCGGCAGCUCGCUCCUCUUCAUCCACGACAAGAAGGAGCAGGCCAAGGUGUGGAUGAUCGACUUCGGGAAGACCACGCCCCUGCCCGAGGGCCAGACGCUGCAGCACGACGUGCCCUGGCAGGAGGGGAACCGCGAGGACGGCUACCUCUCCGGCCUCAACAACCUCAUCGGCAUCCUCAGCGAGAUGUGCCCGGGCCCCAGCGCCCCCGAGGCCUGA